AUGCAUUUUUCGACGAUUUUCCUCCUCUCGACUCUUCUCUCUGUUUCUUGUUUCCGAUUGCGAAGACAAGUUGUAAAUCAGUUGGAUGAGCAAAACUUGUUGGUGAGUUGUUAUCCUUAGCUGACAUGAGCAAUGUUGAGGAAUUUUUCAGCCGAUUCAACAACAGCAACCAGUUUAUCCAAGCCCACCGGUCCAGCCACAGUACGACGACAGUACUUUCCUGGCCAACAAUAACAAUCAAUUUUUGGAAACUACCUUGGUCCCAGUAGUUCAGGUAGGAAUUUCAGAGGAAAUAAGAGACCACUGAGAUCUUCUCCUUCUUCUUCCUACGCCUUUGUACCGCUUGAGCGGCGUCGGCGCCCCAAGUCGAUUAGCCGAGGUCCUGUCGUGAUAUCAGUGGACUGGCUCUAGUGACAUAUCCGUCCUUGUGUGUGACGGCUGGGGAUUAUGAAGCCGUGGAUUCCCACUACCAACAUUUCUUAAACCCCUUGGUUGGGUCGGGGCGGGGAUCGAACUUGUGACCCUGUGGACCGUAGGCAGGCACACAACGUGUUGCGCUACGGCGCGCCCCAAGAGACCACUAGGAUCAUAAUUCCAUAUAAAAAAAAUAAUGGAUCAUCUAUAACACUUUCAUAUUUUUUUGUACCACUCUUACAGCUUUUUAGAAGCCCCAGACCCUCAAUAAACCCCACAGAGCCUUUCUCAAUGAAAUAUGAAUAGACUAUAAAAUUCUCAUAUUUCCACUUUCCAGCCUCAACUCGACAACACCAACCCCUUGAUCCAGAACGACUUCGAAGCUUCUGGAGUUCAACCAAUUCAGGUUGGAGACUACUAAAAGACGAAAAGAAACUCCAUGUGAAUAUUGUAUUGAAUCAGUAAAUCGUAUCAAAAAGCGCAAGUCGUUUGAAGUCGGGCCAAAAAAAAAACCAGAGCUUUGAAGUCGCUUCUUCUAACUAUAACUUUUCUAUAGAGUAAUAUAGUUAACGUGAUCUCUUCGUGAGCCUUUCCAAUAAAAUUUCUGCUUCUGACGUCAUCAAAAACGCGUUUUCUUUAGACAUGCACCUGUUCUGAUGAUACUGAACAGUGGGACGAAUUUGACCAAAAUGACGUCAGUUUUCGAUUUUGAAGUCCCAUCAAAAUUGUUCACCCUCUCACGUUUUCUAACUCAAGCAAAAGAAAAAAUCCUCAUUUCAAAAUAUGGGUUUUCCAGCACGAUGAGGUCAUUGAAGGCUCUGGAAUCAACUAUCAAAUGGAGCAACAAGUUCCUCAGCAAGUUCCGGUUCAGGUAAAUAUUUCUAUCGGUGGCGUUUAGAAUGGCGGUUCGAAGCGCAAGUCGUUUCUGGUCGGGUGCAAUAUCCUAUCAAGCCGCAACGCUUUUAGCCAUUCCCAAUGCGACCAAACUUUUCGAAUCCAAGUAAACCCAAAAUUUCUCAAUUCCUAAAUUCCAGAACACCCAAAUCCUUCAAGCUUCAACCGCUGAUGACGGCUCCCUCUCCUAUACUAUCGUUCUUACAGGUACCGUAACCAAAUCGCUUCGAAACCCAUUUUCUCAAAUUCAGACGACCAGACGACCAACCUCCACGUCAAUGUCCAACUGCCGCAGAGAAACUCCGACAGCCUUGUCCAGGAGCUCCAACAAACGGCUCAACAGGUAUGAUGAGACAGGAUCAGUUAACAUGAGCAAGAAUGAGUUUAGGAAGCUCCAGCUGAUCGCAUGGACUUGGCCGUGAGCCUCAGUCAGUUGCUGCAGACUUUGUUGAGCGGAGUCGAUCAGCAGUACGAUCAGACGAUGGCUCAACUUGGAGCUCAAGUUCCGGCUCAAGAUGCUCAAGUUCCAGUCCCAGUCCCAGUUCAACCUGUAGAUCAAACUGGAGUCCAAGUUCCGGCUCAACCUGUAGACCAAACAGGAGCCCAAGUUCCCGUCCAAGUCCCAGUUCAACCUGUAGACCCCGCUGCUCAAAUUGGAGCUCAAGCUGGCGCCCAAGCCGGGGCCCAAGCCGGAGCCCAAGCUGGAGCUCAAGCCGCCUCCCAAAUGCCAACUUAUCAGUAA